AUGGAAACCCCCCUUAAAGCCAUGCACUGGAAGUUCCCUGGCCUACAUGAGAGAGAGACAGAGAUAGACAUGGAAACUCCACUUAAAGCCACGCACUGGCAGUUCCCUGGCCUACAUGAAGUUCCCUGGAGAGAACAGAGGGAGAAGAUAGAAGAGAAGAAGACAGAAGGGGAGGGCGGGCUAUACAAAAAUUACCAUGUGGCUAUAUUUGAAUGGAAGAUGUAUUAG